UAUUUUUGUGAGAUUCAGAGGGAAAGUCGGUGGGCGGAUGGGCAGGUAAUGCCAACGCCCAUGUUGGCACAGCGGUAGCUUCUGCUCUCGCCUCUCAGUCAAAGGCGGACCAAUCCCCGAGGCAGCGGUUUGACGUUCAUCGACUUCCUCCUCUGUAGAGAUGUCUCGCCAAAUCCCAAUGAUGUAUCGAGACCCGUUCUUCAGAGAAUUCUUGGGAGACCGAGAUAUUUUCGGGGAUCGGAGGGAAGUGGGCUUCGAUCGUCCAUCGAAAAUCUUCGAUCAGUACUUCGGGAGUGGAAUGUCCGCUGACGACGUGUUCGUUCCGUCCUCGUCCAUGUACACCCGCUGUCGUCGUCCUCCAAAGGAGCGAUCUGGAGUCUCACAAGUUACAGUAGAAAAGGACAAGUUUGUGUUAUGCCUCGAUGUGCAGCAGUUCGCUCCAGAGGAGCUCAAGGUUCGGGUCGUAGAGGGAGUGGUGGAAGUGGAAGCCAAACACGAGAUGAGACAGGAUGAACACGGCUCUGUCUUCAGACACUUUAUCAGGAAAUACACCCUACCUGAUGACGUGGUUAUUGAGUCGGUGUCUUCGUCUUUGUCGCCUGAAGGUGUCUUGGUAAUCGAAGCUCCAAAAAAGCCGAUCGAACCUCCACCUCCCAGUCAGCGAGAUGUGCCCAUUCAGAAGGCUCAAGAGAAGUAAGCUUAAGAAGGCCCGAGAGAUACGAUCUUGGGAGGCGAAUGUAGUACCUUGGUCCUGGUGGUAGUACCUGGUACCUGCCAGGGUAAAGAGAGCCUGCUUUAUUCACCGAAAUCUUCGGCCGGGGAUUUCUUCUUCUUUGCUUCGCUUCCUCGCCCUAUUUGCAUCCGUGAUUCAGGUUCCGGCUAGGACGAUAUAAAUGUAAAUCUAUACGACUUACAUACUUACAUACAUACAUACAUACAUACAUAUAUGUAUAUAUAAAUG